AGUGCGAGGCAGAGCGUCAUCAGCGCGUCGACGGACCAUGGCGCACGGCUCUGUGUGACAGGUUAGCGUCUGAAAAAACACCUCCGGACUAGACGCGUCUGCGCAACGACAACGCCGAGCGGGGCGAGAACCGAGGAUGGGGUCCCGAAUCAAGGAGAGCCCUGAGUCCACUUUUGAAGUGUAUCUGGAGGUGGCCCAUCCAGGCACACACAGCUCUGGGCCGGAGGUGCGGAGACAGUUCCCUGAAGACUACACUGACAAGGAGACUCUUCGGACUGUGCCCAAGUUCUGCUUCCCUUUCAACAUGGACAGUUUGACAGUCAACCAGGUUGGCCAGAACUUCACAUUUGUGUUGACCGACAUCGAGAGCAAACAGCGUUUUGGCUUCUGUCGCCUCUCCUCAGGUGCCCAGACCUGCUACUGCAUUCUCAGCUAUCUGCCCUGGUUUGAAGUCUUCUACAAGCUGCUUAAUAUCCUCGCUGAUUACACCAUCAAAGGCCAGGAGAGUCAGUGGCAGGAGUUCCUGGUGUCCCUGCACACGCUCCCCAUCCCCGAGCCCGGGGUCCCCGUUCAUCUCGGUGUGCAUUCCUUCUUCACUGUGCCUGACACUAGGGAACUCCCCAGCAUACCUGAGAAUAGAAACCUAACAGAGUACUUUGUAGCAGUAGAUGUCAAUAACAUGCUUCAUCUGUAUGCUAGUAUGCUUUAUGAACGCAGAGUCCUCAUCUGCUGUAGCAAGCUAAGCACUUUAACAGCUUGUGUCCAUGGCUCUACUGCCAUGUUGUAUCCAAUGCACUGGCAACAUGUUUACAUUCCUGUCCUGCCUCAACAUCUGUUGGACUACUGCUGUGCCCCAAUGCCGUACCUCAUUGGAGUACAUUCCAGUCUGAUGGAGAAAGUCCGAGGGAUGGCCCUGGAUGAUGUGGUGGUCCUGAACGUGGACACCAACACCCUGGAAACCCCCUACGAUGACCUCCAAAGCCUCCCCAACGAUGUGGUCUCGUCUCUGAAGAGUCGAUUGAGGAAAGUUUCGACAACGACUGGGGACGGCGUGGCCCGAGCCUUCCUCAGAACCCAGGCGGCUCUGUUCGGCAGCUACAGAAACGCUCUGCAGAUUGAGUUGGGAGAGCCAAUAACGUUUAAUGAGGAAACAUUUGUGACUCAUCGGUCCAGUGCCAUGAGGCAGUUCCUCCAGAACGCCAUCCAGCUGCAGCUCUUCAAACAGUUCAUUGAUGACAGGUUGGACCUGUUGAACUCAGGAGAGGGUUUCAGUGACAUCUUUGAGGAGGAGAUCAACAUGGGUGAAUAUGCAGGCAGUGACAAGAUCUACCAUCAGUGGCUGUUCACUGUGAAGAAAGGAGGAGGGGCUAUCUUCAACACAGUGAAGACAAGGGCAAACCCAGCCAUGAAGACCGCUUACAAGUUUGCGAAGGACCAUGCAAAAAUGCGAAUUAAAGAAGUCAAGAGCCGGCUCAAGCAGAAGGAGCAGGCAGAAAACGGCUUCUCCACAGCAGGGUCAGCGGUCAUCGAUGACGACGACGACAACGCAGCGGGGUUCCCCUCCUCCACCAGAGCAGUCAGGAGGGAGGGGCCACUGAGAACCUUGGACAACAAGUCAAUCACAGUGCACUUUGGACAGGCUCGGCCACCAGUGCUGCUGAAGAGACCAAGCAGCAAUGUGAGUCUGGAGAGCACCGCUGACCACUCUAUCCGUCCUACUCGCCACUACACCGUCUUUCUCUCCGAGGAUUCGUCCGGAGACGAGCUGCAGUAUGACGACGACUCCAUCGCUGGGUUUCCUGACAGCUUUCUCUUCUCCGUCCCUUUCGAGUGGUCACCUCUGCCACAGCCGUACCGCUCCCUGAAGGAGGUGGAGUUGAUGGAAGGGAUCGAUCCUGGCUUUGGAGCUGAGAGUCACACAGCCCCUCCCAGCCCGGUUAACGAGAAGUUUUCCAACGUCAACUUGCUAGGCGACAUCUUUGGCUGCCAGGACGAGCCUGAGAGCCAAACAAUCACGUUGGCUAAAAGCCUUGAGGACCUGAGGACUCCCAAAGACGCCGAGGAGCGACAAGCCAAGUUCACCUACCAGCGAAUGGACCUGAGUAUUGGCGAACACUCGCGAACGCUUCCAGGCCUCAAGCUCCCCAACCCCUACAACAAGCUGUGGAGUGUGGGGCACGACGACGGCGCCUUACCUGCGUGUGUGCCUCCAUCGGUCCAACCCCCCGGGCAGAUAGACACGCACUCUCCGAGCUGCGACAGCUCUGGCCCGGGCCCUGACGCUUUGGACCCUUCGGCUCAUGGUUACAUCACUAUUCCACGCCCCCACGGCAGGAAGACACCUGAGCUCGGCACCGUGCUAGCACCCCCUGCCGCCCAGCCGCGCUCUAAACCGGCAGCUGGCGAAGGAGGGACUACAUCGGGGGGACAAGAGUUUAGACAAGCGCUGAGCAUGAGCACGGACGGAGACCUGCUGAAGCCCUGCAGGACCGCUGAGGACAGUAUGGAUCUGAUGAGUCUUCUGGACCCUCUUAACAGCUCAGCCCCCUCCAGUUCCUUGAGCGAUGGGCUGGACAUUGGCACCAUGUCAUCUUCCUGUAAGCCAACACUACCACCCAGGCUCUACCCACAGGGCUUGCCCCCGUUCCCACUGUCACCUCACGUAUCACUCAACCCCUUUGCGCAGUCUCUGCAGCAAACCUCCCCUCACAUGCACUACUCCCCGACCGUAGGUGCCAAUCCCUUCGGUGCCGCCUACGGGCCUCCACCCGGCUGUUACUCGCACGCUGCGGCCCAGCCACAGUCCUUUUCUACGCUACCGGGACUCUACAGACAACAGUCGCCCGGCAGCUCGGGUCUGGCACCGAGCUACGGAGUGCUCCAGUCAGCAUACCCCUCAUCCGUCACCUGCCUGUCUCACUUCUCCACCAGCAAUAACGCCCUCUCCAGCCUCAUGGACAGCACGUCUGUCCCCAGCACAGCCGCGAACACGCCGGCCAAGCCGCGCCGCGCUGAGGGAGACGGCCAGAAGACGCGGGAUCUUUUUGGGGAUCUGCUGUCUAUGGCAAAGCCAGCUCCUCCCCCAAAAAAGAAGGUGGAGGACCUUCGGAGAAAGUGGGAAACAUUUGACUAAAACCUGUGAAAAUAUUCUGAUGUGCGCUUCCUGUCACUACCCAAACUCACCUCACGACUGUGUCAGGACCUUUUGUUUUGUUUAAUGUCACAUUAGCUGGAACUCAUGCUACUCUGCAUAUGCAACUCCCAAUCAUAGAAGAAUAGAUGCUUAACCUUAAAAUAAGUUAGUAGACCUAGCUUAUUAGGGCUCCAUUGUUUCUCAUGCACAAGUUAACAAGGAACCUCCACCUGCCGGUGAAUCGGUCUCAACGUAAUACUGAUGCCUCUGUGAGACUUUCAUAAGUAAACAAUCAUCAGCGGGAAGAUUAGCGAUUUCUAAAUAGUUGAAUGCCUUAAGUCAUCGGGUCCGAUUCCAGGUUCACUGAGAACCCUUUCAGCUCCGACUGCGCCCGAGCUCUGCCUCGCUGAUCCAGAUGAAUGCUGCCAAAGGACAGGUGGUGGAUGACCUGAACAUCGACUCUGUGCGCUGACACCCAAAUGGGACCCGGUGCACGGACAUGGCGCUGGAGGUCCGGGUUGGAGGGACGGCAGGCACAGGGGAACCAGAAUCAGGACGGAGCCUGGCAGACUGUCGCCCUGCUGGUGGAAAGUGAGACCUCUUCUAAAAGGAGGGAGUCUUUAACAAACCCUCUCAGCCCACAGUUUGUUUGCCUGUGCUGUUAGUUGCUGAAGGUAUCUGCAGACCCCAGUGGUCUUCAGCACCAAACCAGUUUGUGAGGGUGCAUUCGUGUUUUCUCCCACUUUAGUCAUUCACUGGGACAGAAGGUCCUGAUCCAGCAUGUAGGAAUGGUCAUGUAACCCACACACACCCCCCCAACCGCCCAUGGUGCUGUACAGAUGCUGAGUGUGGAAUGUGUCGUCAGCCCACAACACCUGAGCCCACUGGUGCUCGUCUGCGGAUCGCCUGGAUCUUUUUGCGUUGUUUGAUUGUUGUUGUUUCGUUGCACCAUCCUACCCAGGAAGUAGCAGUCGAACGCCAGCUGUACUUUGAGAUGUUCAGAUGCCAACAGUCCAUUGCCACUCAUGCACAAAUGCUCACAGAAUUGUUUGUCCACGUUAGCACAGCGCUGCUCAGCAUACAUCGGUGUAGGUUAGUGACUUUAAAAGUAGCCUGCAGUCUUUUCCUGAUAGAGGACCAAAGUCAGCAGACGUCUUAAAAUGAACACUAGAAUUAGCUGUAGCUCUAGAUGAAGUACAUCCUGCUGGUAUCUUCAGAGGGUGGUGUGUCUCCAUCAUGCAGCCAGUUCACGUGUUGAUGAUUCUGGUAGAUCCAUGCACAGUUUGUUCCGUUUUGGCCUUCAUGAGGAAUCCCUGUGAACAUGUUGCCUCCUACUGAUUUUUUUUAAAUUAUGAAAUCGUUUCAAGAUAACAUGCAAGCUUUCUUUGUGCAUUAUCUAACUAAACAAAAUGUAAUCCAUUUUUACUUCACUAUGGCAAAUGCGCAUUUUGUAAUGAUCUGCUGCAUUUGUAAUAAACAGUGUGGACAUAUUGUUACAUACCUUAGCCCGCAUUUUGCAAGAAAUGGUUGUAAUGUUUUGUUUUUUUCAAAAGGUGUGGUUUGCACAUCCUCUUGAACAGAUUAAAUAUAAAACAUGUGUUAUUUCUUCCUUUGGAUGUUGUUUUGGCCAAUGAAAGAUAAUCUACUGAAUGAAUUAUAUCUUUUAUAAUGCACUUAUAUUUAUUUGUUUGGCCCAAAGACGUCCAGGUGUCACAUUUGGAUUCUUUCAGGCUGAAAUGCGGGUGUUAUUACAUAAUAUAUGUAAAUGUGUAAUAAUAUAAAUAGCAUUUUGUUUAGUUAUUAAAUACAUUGUGUUGUUAUAGUUCCUAACAUUUGAAACAUGUAUACCUUAUUAAAUAUAUAAAUGUUGA